AUGGAAACCUAUGAUGAGUCUGUUGAUGCUGAUUCCAUUCAUUCAUCUGAACGUGAUUCAUGGGACGAUGAGUUGGACGAUGAUGGGAGUUAUUCGGUAUCUAGUGCGGAUAAAAGUUCAACGGAUGGCAACAAUGAUGCAGAUGAAGUUGGAGGUGAUAAUAAGGGUACACAACAAACGUCAGAACAAGCUCCAGAACCAAAUGUUGACAUGUACUCGGUAUCGAUUUCAGAUUCUGUAAGCCAAAUUGCUGAGAAAAAGAAAAGGAAAGCAAGUUGCAAUGGUCAAAAAAGUGUGCAAAACAAAUCUCUGUAUGAUCCGACAACAUACCGCGGCGCUAAUGUGAUGACAACUACACAAGUGGAAGUUCCAACCACAAGCAUAGGUAUUCAUCAACAAAUGUUUCCAAUGCAGUCUAUGAUGCCUAUGGUACAUCCGAUGAUGCAGCAAAUGCACAUGCAACCCAUGUACCCAAUGUAUGGAAUGCAACCUGGAAUGCAAUCUGGAAUGCAAACUGGUUUGCUGCAGCAAGUUAUAAGAUCUUCUAAGAAUAAUUGAUGUGUUAAUGAUUUAGUUGAUUCGAAUGUAUUUAGGUAAUGUUUAGGAUGAUUUAGGUUGUUAUGUUUG